AUCUAAGAAAUGUUCUCUCUAUAAGAGAGACCUUCCUCGCAGGUGAUGCAAGUCCUUUGAGAGAGGGCCUUGACAUUCUUGUUUCGAUGACAAUCGUUGAAGCCACAUGGUAAUUUAGCAAUGUAUGAUACUGGUUGUUGUAAGUCAUCUUGUUUCAAUGUUCUCUCCUAGAAUAAAAUGGGAUUGAUUCACAUGUCUUUUUAUGGUUUAUUCUUAUGCUUUUCUGCCAAGAGAUGUUUCUUUGUUUCUGUGCUAUGAAUUGGAUGUUUUUUUUUUUUUUUUUUUUUUGAAUUUUUCCAUGAAUAUUUUUAAUAUGAUUAGAAUGUUCAAUAUAGCUCGGCAUGAAUAAUAAAUUACUCUUAAGUACAAUACCAUCUGUAGUUCCCUUUGCAUCCUUCAUUACUUUAAAUAUAUUCUAUUGUGGCUGGGAUGUGAAAUUUGUUUCUUUGUGCAAUCCAUCGAUGUAUCAUUAUGGGAUGCUAUAAAUUUCAUUUCAUGGCCAUUAUUGGUUGCAUUUUCUUACAAGGUUGACUUUGUUAAGCAAAUGAACCAACUUGCUGCAGUUUCUGUGGGUCUUCCUCAACACCAUUAUUGCUACUAUGAUUUCUCUGAAAUCUGGAUUCAUGCUUCCAUGUUCUGAUAAUAUGUAGGUCCAUGCAUGAAAUAACCUUUUCAAUAGAUGAUAAGCCAAAGCUCCUCAGUCAGGUAAUUUACUUUUUUUUUUUUUUCAUAAUUACUGGUUUUUAUUGUUGAGUAAGCCAAAUAUUCUUUCACAUGCACUUUGAGUUUAAUUGCUUAUAAUUCAUCCAUGCUUUUUGCAUUUUUCAUCAUGCAAUUUGAGCUUAAUUGCUUAUAAUUCAGCGAGAUUCAGUCUAGAUACACUUCUUUGAUAGAUUUUGUGUUGUUCUACAUUCGAGAUGGUCUGGAAUGAUGCAAUGCUAUUGAAAUUGGCUUACGAAGAACCUACCUACGCACACUCGGUGGAGAGGAAGACAUACAUGUUUAAGUAUGAUAGUGUCCGUGGACAAUGGAAGCACCAUGAGCUCAAGGUGAAGGAUUCUAAGACCCUUCUCUUUGGCGACAAAGCAGUCACAGUCUCUGGUGUCAGGAACCCUGAAGAGAUCCCAUGGGGUGAGACUGGUGCUGAGUAUGUUGUGGAGUCGACUGGGGUGUUCACCAACAAGGACUAGGCUGCCGCCCAUCUCAAGGUUUUCUAUAAUCUCUUUAAUUCCUUAUUUGUUGUAUAUAACUAUACUUUUUUAUCCAAAAUUCUAACUUUAUACAGCAAAAGUAUAGCAUGUAGAAUUUGUUGUUGAUAUUGGUAAAUUUCUUUUUAGGGAUCAGGACUAAUUUGAUUAUAGCCAUUUUUAUGUGGUUGAGAUUAUUAAGUGCUAAUGAUUAUUGUUGAUUGUUUGAUUAGAUCUAUUUGUUCUUUGAAAGCUUCAACAUCGGUUAAUUAUUGGAAAGGAGCACAUCUUACUUACUAGAUUGAUUGGUUCUUAUCAAAUAUUUUUUGUACCUUGCUGAUUUUUUAUAGGAGAAAAGUCCACCUGCUAGCAACACAUAGGUCCUAAGCCAUGGUAAAGGAGGGUUGAUACCAGGCAGUCACCAAAACAUUUAACAAGCAAAAUCUUUGAAAGCUGUUCCCAAAUAGAAUGCAUCAUUGGGAAAGCUUUCGAUAGACUCUCUCUACUGAACCUUGUAGAUAUCUAAUGUGCUACUCGGGAUGGCCUGAAUUUCAUAAACCAAACCAAUGUAGAUGAUACACAUCAGCAAGCAGCCUUCAAUUGGAUGGUAAGAAACCAAAAAUUGCUAGGCAAAUUGAUAUUCAGCAGAAAACCAUGAUGGCUGGGAAUGACUGAUACAGUUUUCGAAGUGUUUGAGUAGAGAAUGCUUUCCUGAAUCAUUUCUCAAAAUAAAGCCAGCCUGUUCUGUUUUAACUCUCUCCACAGUCGACCAAUUCGAUGCGACAAUCAUCCACAAAUUUUGCACCAUGGUUCAUCAGCAAUGGGGCUCAAUGUU